GGGGGGGCGGGCGGCGCCCGCGCAGCCUCGGGCUGGAAAGGGUGCAAGAUGACCAACGAAGAGCCUCUUCCUAAAAAGGUCCGUCUGAGUGAAACAGAUUUCAAAGUUAUGGCACGGGAUGAGUUAAUUCUGAGAUGGAAACAAUAUGAAGCAUAUGUUCAAGCUUUGGAGGGAAAGUACACAGAUCUCAAUUCAAAUGAUGUGACUGGCUUAAGAGAAUCUGAAGAAAAACUAAAGCAGCAACAGCAGGAGUCUGCACGCAGAGAAAACAUUCUUGUCAUGCGAUUAGCAACCAAGGAACAGGAGAUGCAAGAGUGUACUACUCAAAUCCAGUACCUCAAGCAAGUCCAGCAGCCCAGUGUUGCCCAACUGAGAUCAACAAUGGUAGACCCAGCCAUCAACUUGUUUUUCCUAAAAAUGAAAGGUGAACUGGAACAGACUAAAGACAAACUGGAACAAGCCCAAAAUGAACUGAGUGCCUGGAAGUUUACGCCUGAUAGAGGCCUGAUGCCGUCGGACUAUUCCGAAGAAGAGGCCACCUCCGAAAAAUUCCCCUUCUAGAACAUGUAGACACUUGAGAAAUGUUUCUGUUUGAAGAAAAUAGAGGGGAAAACAGAAGUCUUAAGUCUGUGGCACACUGUGUCUUCAGACAGUUUGGAGGAUUGAAAACCUAGAGGUUUUAAAUCAUGAAUUGAACAUGUAAAAUUCCAGUAAAAUGUAAAAAUGGAAUAUGCAUCGCUCUUAACCUUGAGCAUAGUGACUUAUAGACACUGUACAUCAGUUUUGCCAAUAAGACUGUGGACUUCAUGAUUGUUGAACUACUGGGUCAAAACUCAAUGAGGUGAUUUUGCCUUUAAAGGGUUUACAUUCUAAGAACCAACUUCUAAUAGCCGUGAGACAAUCAAGCCAUAGCUACCAGUAUAAGUAGAGCAUAUAUUUUUAUCCAUUAGCUCUCAGCUCUAUAUUACAUAAUGGAGCCUUAAAUAUGUGGUUUUUAUCAAUGGUUUGUUCUUUGAAUGGUUGUGGAACUGUAGAUAACCUUACCUUAACUGAGGACUGUACAAACGUGAAGGUGUGGUCUCACUCUUCAGGUUUAAAACUGUUGGAAGCAUUAUAAGAAUUCGUUUUAUAAUUAGAUUGUAUAAGGUAUUGGCUGUGAUGAGACUCACGUUACUCAGUAAACCCUCAUCUCAUUCAGCAAGCACAUGUUAAACAGCAUUGUUGUUGGUGUUAAAUGGGGGAAUGUGUUCCUUCAUUGUAUUUGGGCCUUUUGUAUCGAAUUCUUGAUAUUAAAUUAAAUGUGCCU